AUGGAGGAGGCAACAGGCGAUCAGUGUGGACUUCUUCCAACAAAGCGGCGCUCGUUUGUGUGUUUGGGCAUCCGAGUCUCGGGCUCGCUGCCGUCCCCCAGCCCCAGUCGCCGCGUGGAUCUCGCCUCCCACCCGCGAGACAACGGCAAGAACCACCACAACCACACCACCAAUACCACAACAACACCCAUACAACAACAACUACACCAAUACCACCACAACUACACCACCAAUAUCACAACAACACCACCAAUACAACCACCACAGAUACCACAACAACGACACCAAUACCACAACAACGACACCACAACUACACCAAUACAACAACAACCACACCAAUACCACAACAACACCAAUACCACAACAACCACACCAAUACCACAACAAAACCACCACUACAACCACCACCACAGGGACCACUGCUGCACAAGGAGAGCCAUCAACACCUCACCGCGCAGUGCUGCCGCUUGGCGGCGCAGCAGCAGCACAGGCGGCAGAGGAGGAGGCGGCGGCGCGUCUCGCAGGGCGAUGUUCAAGGAGGUGCUGCCCAAGCAAGGGCAGCUGUCCGUGGAGGGCUCCCCGAGUCUCGCCAUGUGCAAGCCCAAGCUGCUGCCCCUCAAGUCGCUCACGCUCGAGCGCAUGGAGCAGCUGCAGCGCGACGCGCAGCAGGAGGUGCGCAGCGCUCAGCAGCAAGAGCAGCAACAGGAGCAGCAGAAGCAGCAGCAGGAGCAGAAGCAGCAAGAGGAGCAGCAGAAGCAAGAGGAGGAGCAGCAGGAAGAGCAGAGCGAGCAGUAGCAGCAGCAUGAUGAUGGAGCAAGAGCAGAAGCAGGAGCAGCAAGAGCAGCAGUAGCAGCAGUAGUAACAGCAGCAGCAGCAACAGUAGUAGCAGCAGAAGCAACAGGAGCAGCAGGAAGAGCAGAGCGAGCAGCAACAGUAGCAGCAGCAACAGUAGCAGCAGCAGAAGCAACAGGAGCAGCAGGAAGAGCAGAGCGAGCAGCAGCAGCAGCAGGAUGAUGAAGGAGCAAGAGUGGCAGCAGGAGGAUGAGCCGCAAGCGUGUGGCAGAGCAGAGCGCGAGUGUGUCACCCCGACCGCGAGCUCCCUCUCGUGACGCUAUCUCAGAGUUCACGACCUUUACACGAUUGGCGUUUGCUCGAGCAAAACGACGUCGUUGCUGUACGGUAAAAGGAUGAUGUUGAACCCAGUGACCGACUCGUAUUGAAGGUUAACGCAAACACACCCAGGCUGCUUGUUAUGAGCUGGCCCAACACGUUUGAAACUUAUUUGUGAGAGUCAAAGCCUUUACAGAUAUCAAGGGCAGUGUGUGAGCACUCUGGUGGUGUUGCUACUACACUGACGCGCCAGGGAUGCCAUGCCAGCGACAUUAAAAUGUGUUCUCCUUAACUGAGGUUACACUUCGUGUUGGGCGGCCUAGCACACCCAGCCUGGCUAAUGCAGCUACCACGCAGCUACCUGGGCCGCGUUUCCCCGCAGGUGGUGUUGGUAACACGAGGCCGCACUGGCAUCCGGCAAGGAGUGAGCAAAUCUCGCUUGCCCAGCCGGUCGCACGACGCCGUGGUGCUGCAAGGCAGCGCCUGGAUCUUGCGAGGAUUUGGGGCGGAGGUGUUGGUCACCGUGGCCGUUGUGGGGUGACCGGUCCUCGCUGGCAGGCGUCCAGUCGCUGUUGCCCUGGCUGAUGGGGAUUUAAUUGGUUCGCAGCUCACUGCACUUGGCCGGUCAGCACUGGCCAUGUUCAGGGAUUGUUUAGCGACUUCAAGUCGAUGUUAAUAAACCCGGAUGUAAACGUCGACUUCUGACUAUUCUCACGCAUAUUUACCCAGGAAAGCCUCACUGCGUCUCAACACUUUUGCAGAAUGACCCUGCCAAGUGUUUGCAGUAGCGACCGAUGAUUGUUAUCGUAAUCCCAGUUUAAUAAUUUGCAGGUAUUUUUUCCAGCACUGGCAUGUUUGGCCAAUACCACUUCUGCUGCGUGUGGGUGUUUAGCUAUGGGAGUAAACCCAUGCAGAACAGAGGGAGAACAUAUCAACAAUUUGACUGCACCAGCUCACGUUAUUGGCUUGGCGACGCCGACACAAUGGUGCGUGGUGGCUGCAGAAUCUCGUGGCUAACUUCCGGCCGUGCGUGUCCCCUCCUCCGCUGCGGUCUGUGUGCUCCAUCUCUGUGCAAUGCUCUCAUGACGAUGUCGAUUCGUGUUUUCUUUGGGCCUCCUUUUGCGCCUUGUCCCCUCGAUGUGUCCAAACACACAAGGAUGUUCGUAAAUAUCGAUUUGCCCGUCCGGGUGCGCAGAGUCGGACAGGAGUCUGCUGAAGGAUGUUUAUUCACGUCGUCUCUUAAGUUAACACACGUGCGUUUAAAGACAACGGACGACUGCAAUGCUUGUGUUGACCACCAGAGGGUGACCGUCCUGUUAAUCGCUCACGAGGAGAGGCCGAGCCUCGUGGAGGUCAUGGUCAAACCGGUUUUUGCCGAGGGAAAAUAAAACCAUCGUGGUUUGUGGUGAGAAUA